AUGACUAACCUGCCCAAGGUUCUGGGGCUAAGCUGGUGCCAUGCGUGCGUGACAGCAGGAGCAGCUCGGGGCGCAGCAGGGCGGCAGCAGUGGCUGGAAGAGAAACAGCAGAAGACGCCGCGGCCAGCGGGGAGUACGUGGGCCAGGGAGAAGGAAGCGGACAUCAGCCUUACCAAGCCAGCCUCCACCCCAGAGCUGGGGACCACCGCCACCCGCGCCUCCUUAGCCGGACAACCGCUGGGGCGCAGGCGUUCCUAUGGUGCAGGCGCGGCGGGGCGGAGCCAGGAGCCGGAAGUGCCCCGCGCCCGGGACCGGAACUCCACGGAGGUCCCGCGGACCGAUGGAGAUCCUCGUUGCUCGGCAACCGUUGUGGGCGUAGCCGGCAGGCUUUACGCUCCUUGGAGGGAGCCUAGCGUGGCACCCACAGCCUGCCCUGGCAACCUCCCGUCUCGCCCGCCUCACUUCGUAUCGCCCCUGCUUGCGUCGCGGAAUCCCUGUCCCUGGCACUACUUACAUCUAUCCGGUUCCCACGACACCUUAGCGCCCACCUGCCUCAAGGCCAGGCUCCACCGUAAAGAAGGCGGCCCGAGGCCGGACGUGACCCUUUCGCUGACCGACCACAGCUCCCCGGCCAUGGGCACCUACACCUACACCAGCCGGCCACGGCCCCUGCCCUGCCAGCGCCGCCGUUACCGGGACAGCCUGUUGCAGCCAGAGAACGAACCUAUGCAUUUUGGAAACAUAAUGUAUGACAGAAGGGUGAUCCGAGGCAACACUUAUGCUCUACAGACGUUACCGCUGGCUGGGCAGCCAGAUCCUGUCGAGCUUCAGAGGCAGCAGCAGGCUAAGAGGAGGGCCCUCGCCAGGAAGCGAGCCCGAGAACAGCUCCGACCGCGCACUCCUGAGCCUGUGGAAGGCAGAAAGCACGUGGAUGUGCAAACAGAAUUGUACCUUGAAGAAAUUGCUGACCGCAUAAUAGAAGUUGAUAUGGAAUGCCAGACAGAUGCGUUUUUGGACAGACCACCAACACCUCUCUUUAUUCCUGCCAAAACUGGCAAAGACAUGGCCACCCAAAUACUGGAAGGAGAGCUCUUCGACUUUGAUCUUGAAGUUAAACCAAUGCUAGAAGUUUUGGUGGGAAAGACCAUCGAGCAGUCUCUUCUGGAAGUAAUGGAAGAAGAGGAGCUGGCCCACCUGCGGGCCAAUCAGUACGCGUACGAAGAAUUACGGAAUAUCGAACUCGCUGAAGUUCAGCGACUUGAAGAGCAAGAAAGACGACACCGAGAGGAAAAGGAACGUCGUAAGCAACAGCAGUGGGAAAUAGUACACAAGCAUAUGGAGACUGCACAAAAAAUUGCUGCUCGGGCCUUCGCUCAGCGUUUCCUGGCUGACCUUCUUCCAUCUGUGUUUGGCAGUCUCAGGGAUGGUGGCUACUUCUAUGACCCCGUUGAAAGAGGUUUGUGGAGGUUUUUGUUAGAUUCACUGUUCUAAUAAGCAUCCUGUUAAUGGUUCACAUUUAUCUCAGGCCCAUUUUAUUUUCAAUUGGAACUUUCCGUCUCCGAAACAAAUAAAAAAGUCAACUAUAGUUGCUUCAAGUAUGUACCAUUGCUAAUAAGAAGUGUAUCAUAAAGAUCUUGAUUUUAGGAUGUUAGCUUUUCUUUAUCGAGAAGCAAAA